CUUUUAGCCCCUGCCAAAAAUAAAAGUCAGGAUAAACGGAUAAGAUAGACCCACGGCUACGGGGGCCGCUCGCCGGAGGCUGUUGCUCCUCCACGACGCCAGCGGCUACCUACUUACCUCCAUGGCCGCCGGCGCCGCGGCCGCCGUACACCACCACCAUCCUUUCGUGGCUUCGCUCCGCCCUGCUCCGAGGCGGCUCAGCAGCAGCAGCGCCAGCAGCUCGCCGCCCCAUCCUGCGGCCUUGCUCUGCUGCUCCGGUCCCAAGACGCCGAGCGUCCAGCUCCAGGCUCCCCGCGUUGCGUUCAAUCCCUCCGGCAACUUCGACCUCUCCCUCUCCGACCAAGACGAUGCACCACAAGUUGAGCCUCCUCCACCACCUACGGAAGGGCGCAUCGAGAUUGUUAUCAACAAGGAUAUCAUCCGAACACUUGACCUAUCGCCCGUCCAAGAAGCACUCGGCAACC